AUGGCUAAUAAUAAUAAGAAUGACAAAUUUACUAUUCCUUUAGAAAGAAGAGUAAAAUCAUUAGAUGUAAAAUAUUUCAAAAAUAAUCAAAAUAAUCAAAAUAAUUCAAAGAAAGUUUCUUGUAAUACAGAGGAAGUUGACAACAAACUCUUUAUAAUUAAAGAACUAAAUCAUCCACCAAAUGUCGAUAAUGAUGACGAAGUUUCUUCAAUUCCUUCAAUAACUUCAAUAAAUACCACAUCUACAUCCACGUCAUUAUCGUCGUCACCGUCUACAUCAACAAUAUUUGAAAUAUACGCACAACUUCCACGUCGUUUUAGUAAUGAAGUUGAAGUAUUAGGCAAAGUUGGUAGAUUUACUAUUGUGCGUGAACGUGAAGAUUACGAUACUACAAAAUUUGAUCAAUGUCAUUGUAUACAAAAACCUUGUCCUUACUCAUUGGAAGGUGGAAGACAUCCACCCCCUCCUCCGAAAUUAAAUUCAAAUGUCAUAAACAAUAAUAAAAAUUACAAUUACAAUAUUAAUAACAACGGUUAUAUCAACAACAAUAAUAAUAAUUACAAUAAUCUUAGUAAUUAUUUAUCGAAUCCGAUAUCAUCAUAUUACGAUAAUCAAAUCAAUAUAAUUAAUCCAUUUUUAAAUAAUUCAAAUUCCUCAAAUUCAACGGCAAUCUCUUCAAAUA